GUGACCAAUAAUCACCGUAAUAUUCACGUUUUGGAUAUAUAAUCUUCCAAAAAAUAGUUACCAAAGUUCAUACAACGUAAAAUUAUUUAUUUUCGUAUUUAGGCAGACACGUAAAUGUGAUUAUCGACGUUUCAUAAAAAUUACAACAUUUCAAGAGCUGUAAUAGUCGCAAACAUCAAAUUAAUUUUUGAUAACUAAUUUAAAAUAAAAUUCGAUGUGAAAGUGGCAAAUUCGACCGCUUCAAUGUUAUCGACCAACUUGUAAUCUUACGUAGAUUACUCAACAAAAUAUCAUGUUCAUAAAGUAAAGACGAGUUUUAUUUAUUGUGUACAGAGUACGGACCGAUAACGUUAAAUCCGAAUAUUUAUUAAAGUAACAGUUUCUAUAAAGUCGCGCUGCAUAUAGGUAGCAUGAUUUUAAUUAUUACAUUUGUGUUAUUUUUGUACGCGUUAUACGUUUUCUCAACUAAAAAUCACAACUAUUGGAAAAAGCGGAACAUAAAACAUGAUCCGCCGAUACCGCUAUUUGGGAACCAUUUCGUCAAUCAAUUCGGGUACAAAAGUAUCACUCAAGUCGCAACGGAACUGUACAACAGGUAUCCAGAAGAAAAAGUGGUUGGUUACUACCAAGGUACUACACCAUUAUUACUAGUGAGAGAUUUGGAAAUAGUGAGACGGAUAUUGACCGCAGAUUUUUCACACUUCUAUCUGCGAGGACUCGGGAGGAAUCCAGAUGUAGAACCAAUAUUCACUAACCUGUUUCACACUGAGGGUGACUCGUGGAAGCUACUUCGGCAAAGAUUAACACCAACGUUUACGACAGCGAAAUUAAAAGCUAUGUUCCCUCUGGUUGUAGAGUGCGCAAAAAAACUACAAGGAGUAGCUGAAGGUGUAGCUAAGCGCAAUGAAUCGUGCGAUGUGAGAGAAUUAGUUGCGAGAUUUACCACGGAAUUCAUUGGAGCUUGCGGCUUCGGUAUAAAUAUGGACACUAUAAACAACGAAAAGUCAAUGUUCAGAAACCUAGGAAAACUCAUCACAUCUUCCCGCUCUUUGGGAUUAAUAGCAAAAUAUAUGCUAUGGGAAAAUUUUCCUUACGUGAGAAAAUUUUUAUAUGUCGGCGAUAGGAGAAUAGAAGAAAGCAUUGUAGAAAUACUGCAACAGAUACGUAAGAAGAGAAAUUAUAAACCGAGCGGUCGAAAUGAUUUCAUAGAUCUACUAUUAGAGCUCGAAGCUCAGGGUAAAAUAACAGGAGAAUCAAUUGAGAAACGCAACUCUGAUGGAACGCCAAAAUGCAUCGAAAUGGACAUGGACAUGAAUUGCAUGGUGGGGCAGGUUUUUGUAUUUUUUGCUGCAGGUUUCGAAACCUCCUCAUCAGCUUCGAGUUAUACUUUGCAUCAGCUAGCGUAUAAUCCUGACAUUCAACGCCAAGUUCAAGAAAAUAUUGAUGAAGUACUGAAUAAAUACAAUGGCGAAUUGUGCUAUGACGCAAUAGCCGAGAUGAAACUAUUAAGCAUGGCAUUCAAAGAAGCAAUGAGAAUGUUUCCAUCUCUAGGCGUUUUGAGCAGAGUAUGCGCCAGACGAUACACAAUACCCGAGCUUAAUAACACAAUUGAUCCAGGAGUAAAAAUACUAAUACCUUUAGAAGGUAUACAAAAUGAUGAGAAAUACUUCACAAAUCCAAAGGAAUUUAGGCCGCAAAGAUUCUCUCCUGAAGCGAUGAAGGAACAACAAAAGUUUUCAUACAUGUCGUUUGGAGAAGGUCCGAGAGCGUGUAUUGGAGCGCGACUCGGUGAGAUGCAGUCACUGGCCGGUCUGGCUGCGAUCUUGCACAAGUUUACGGUAGAGCCAGCACCUUCGUCUCGCCUCGAGGUUCAAAUAGAUACGACGAUGAACGUGAUCCAGAAGCUCGAAGGAGGUUUAUACCUGACUCUUAAAUCAAGAAAAAGCAAAGAUGAAUAAUUCUAAUUAUUAUAAUCUAUGCUAAUAUAUAAAGCUGAAGACUUUGUUCGUUUGAAUGCGCUAAUCUCGGGAACUACUAGAGCGAUUUUGAUUUCUUUUAUUAAUAGGAAGCCACAUCACUUCUGGGUACUAUAGGCUACUUUAUCCCGGGAAAAUAUUGAUUCCGGAAAAACUUUUAACGCAAACGGAGCCGCAGGCAAACGCUAUUUUAAAUAAUAGUUCAACUUUAAACGCCUACAUAAUAAAAUCCACAUAAAAUAUGUACAAAAUAAAAUACAUUUUCCCAUACAGA